GCAGAUUGAAUAAUGUAAUAAGUUCAACACAAUCUCAUUUUUAACUUUCAAAAUUGAAAAUAAACAUCAAAUUUCAGACUUUUCAGUUUGUUUACAUUUUUUUGUCUACUCGUUUUGUUGCAUGGUUAGUGUUUGUUUGUGCUAGACAAGUAAAUACAAUAGUAGUUUGAUUUCAUAUAAUAAUCAGUUCCAGUUGUUUUGCUAUCUAAGUGAUUACGAACACAUUUCGUACUUUGAACUAAGUGACCUUUUUUAUUCCUUAGUUCUUCCAUAGUCGUAAUUGCUAGCUUCGAUAGUUUUUUAUACCAGAUAACGUCAUUAUGUCUCUUAAUAAAUUAGUUGGGGGAGAUUGUGGAGGCAAUAACUCACUUGUACAUCUAUCUAACAUUGUUAGUCGGGAUGCACCACCAUCUCUAUCUCAAGCAGAUGUAUUUGUCAACGAGUUUGUUGCACAAAACUCACAACAGCCUUCAACAUUUAACAUGAAUGCAUUAUUAAACAACAUACCUAAAGUUGAAAAAGUUCAAACUCGAGGAGAGAUGCCAAGACUUGCUCAUGUUUCAAAUGUAAGCUCAAAUAUUCAUUCACCCUGGCAUCCUGGCCCGUCUAGCUUAAUGCAUGGACCAAGAAUGAUGAGACCUCUUCCUUAUCAGCCUAUGAUGCAGACACUAGCACCAUUAAAUGUAGAAGUGCAAUACAUUGAUGAGUCGGAAAUUAAUACUUCUGAUGCAGAUGUUAUUAACAAGGCUCAGGAAUAUGUUGAUAAGGUUAAAAAUGAUGAUGAAUUAGCUUACAAUAAUUUCAUGUCUUUCAUGAAGAAGAUUAGUGCUGGUGAAUUAAAUUUAAGAGAUGGCCUUGAAGGAGAACAGCUCAGUAAAACUGAUCAAGUUGACCAGAUGGCUGAAAAGUUUAAAGAUGAGUGGGCAAAAUUAAGUGAGCUAAAUGAUUACUGGAGCUCAGAAAGUGCCAAUGGUAUUUCUGAGGAGUAUGCAUUUAGAGAAGGUAAUGUUAUGCUAGAAAAUAAAAAUGCUUUAGAAUUAGGUAAGGAAAGAUUGAAAAUGGGUGAUAUUCCUGGAGCUGUAUUGUGUUUUGAAGCUGCUGCUCAACAGCAGCCAGAUUCAGCAGAAGUGUGGUUUCUACUUGGUACAACUCAAGCCGAAAAUGAACAAGACCCAUAUGCAAUAACAGCUUUAAAAAAAUCUUUGGCAAUAGACCCUAGACAAAUUGAAGCAAAUAUUACUUUAGCAGCUGCUUUUACUAAUGAAAACAUGCCUAAAUUUGCAUAUUUGUCUUUAAUUAAUUGGAUAAGAGGAAGUUCUAAGUAUAAUGACUUAUUGCCUCAAGAUAUAAAACCAGAAGCUAUGAAUUUGAAGGAAUUGGAAGCAUUUGUCAUAUCAUUGUAUCUUAAGGCAGCCCAAUUAAACCCAACAGUUAUUGAUGUUGAUAUACAAAAUGCAUUGGGAGUUUUAUUUAAUAUAAACCAACAGUAUGAUAAAGCAGUAGACUGCUUUAAAGCUGCUCUUAUGGUUGAUCCUGAGAAUGCUAAACUAUGGAACAGGCUAGGUGCAACACUAGCAAACAGUGAUAGAUCAGAAGAAGCAGUAGAGGCAUAUCAAAAUUCUCUUAAUUUAGAACCUGGAUUUGUGAGGGCUAGGUAUAAUGUUGGUAUAACUUGUAUGAACCUCAGGGCAUACAGACAAGCUGCUGAACACUUUCUUGUGGCACUCAAUCAGCAACAUAAAGCUAAGUCUAUGUUUCCUGACAACACACUUGUAGAUACUAGUUCUUCAACAAUUUGGACAACCUUGAGAAUGGUAUGUUCAUAUAUGGGGGAGCAUGACAUAGCCAAAUUAGUUGAUGAGAGAAACUUAACAGAACUAAAUAAGUUCUUUGAAUUUGAAUCAUAGACCGGAGUUUAUUAUAUUGGUAUAUGGUGAUAAAUAUUACCAAAUUAUCUAUUACAACUUACAAAGCAAUUAUCUUAUUUUAUACUGUGUUAGAUUAUUAUGGGGAAAUCAUGUUUAAUAAAAUAUAUAUAAUGAAUUAAUAAUUCUAGGGGAAAAUAUAAAUUGUAAAUAAAAACUAAACCAUUA